AUGCUGACUCGGAGGAACAAUUCACAGAUCUUUCAGCUCGGCCUGAAUUUAAUCCACAACUCUACUACGAGACCUACUACGCCCAGUGCUGCUGCCGCCCCUGCCGUAGCAUCCACAACUGCCGCGGCGGUGGGCGACCCCGACAAAGAGCUGGCGGCUCGACUGAUGGCCGAGGACGCGGGCUACAGCCAAGUGGGCACCUUCAACGCACGCACGGGCAGGUUCCAGGCCAAGCGCAAGGGAUAUGACGACCCGGCAGGACGACAGAUCGCGCACUACUUCGACGAACAGCAGUGGCAGCAGCAGUGCACGAUACCCAAGAAGGUGAAGCUGUCGAAGAAGGCUGUGAAGCAGUUCAAGGAGAAGAAGAAGAACAAGAAGAAGGUCCCCGACUACUUGCUCGGCGACUAA